UUUAAUAUCUGGGAUAAUAGGCAAUUCUGUCCCAAGAUUACAAACUUAUCCGAUACACUAUGCGCAAAUCGCCGGGCAGCCUGGCCUCGGAGGCCUUCUCCAGUUCCAACUCCUCGCUGAGCAACUCGUACAGCGAUGCCAGCGAUCUGGCCAACUGGGAGGAGUACGUGGCCACCGACGGGAGUCUUUUCUACAUGGAGUAUGUGAGAAAUGCGAAGACUGGCGGUUCGGCGGAGCGGCGGGUGGAGUUCAUGCGCCGAUCGCUGCGCCUGGGAAAGAAGUCGUCGCGUCGCCAGCCACACAGCAGUAAUCAGAGUCAGAAUCAGAACCAAAACCAGUUGGAUUCCCAGACGGAGCCGCAAGAGUUCCGAUUCUCACAGUUCAAGACCGCUGCCCCCGAUCCCAAGAAACUGGAGCUUGUGAUCACAGCCGCCGAUCGCUUCCGUUUCGGUCGACGAUCCACAGCAGUGGAAUCAAUCCUUGGCUUCCGGGUGCUGCCCUUUCCGGAUCAACCGGAAUGCCUGAUGGUCGAUGGUUUUGUUCAUGAUCUGAGUGCCCUGCAGCAUGGCAUAAAGCGGGGAGAUUGGUUUAGAUCCCUUAAUGGCAUAGAACUGUAUGCCAGCAAUGUGGACGAGAUACUGCAGCAGUUUGUGGAGCCCACACAGGUGUGUCUGGGUUUCCAAUCCUGCGGUUCGGCCAGUGCAGUCUCCCCCUCCGAUCCUGGCUAUAAUCCAAAUCUGCAGGAUGAACAGGUGUGCAAGGUGGAGAACUUUGCCGUCUUCACAGAGAGGUUCGAGCAAAUGUUGAUAGCCGAGGGUAAUUCCGGAAGUUCCGAGAAUUCGCCUGAUAUAGGACUACCCUUUGCCAUGUUGCUUCUGCCACCAGAGUGCUAUCAGCAUGAACAGCAACAGGAUUCGCUGUACUACUUCCCGGAGACCCCUGACAACUUCCUCUUCAAGGCCCGCGGCAGUUUCCUCACCCUCCACGCCGUUCUCAGCGAACUGCACACCCAACCGUUGAGCUCCCGUCUCCUGGUGGAUCAGGUGCAAUACCAUGUCAACUACCGAAGACUCAAUGGGUUCCUGGUGCUCUUCGCCUACGCCGGAGGACUUUGCAGCGCUGCGGAAUGCAUCUUGAGAUCGGAUGAGCUAAUAGGAUACAUAAGAUUCUCGCUGCCUGGUUUGGUCCUCGAGAGCUUUAACCAGGAAGGAGAGGGAGAAGCGGGAAACAGUUCGGGUCUCAAGCAGUUCCUUCGGCACUUUUGUGAAAUCCAAAGAACUCGUCUUCUGGCCCGAUGUCGUGGUCACAUCCGGUUCGAGGAGCUCCUCGGACUUUCCCGUAGCUUGCCGCUGCCAAAGGAGGCACAGUUGCGCAUCUUCGAUGCCCUCAGUGAAAUGGAGGCCAUGGAUUACCGCAACUGGAACGAUGAGCCGCUAACCACACAUCGGGAGUUCUUCAUUUACGGAAGCGCCCUGUACUUCGAUGGUUUCCUGGUGGCCAGCCUGUUGCCACCAGAGGUGAGGGUCAGUGUGGAGGGCUUCCUGCGCUGCCGGGGGAUCUUCGAGCUACUUGGAGCUGCUCCGGGGAUCAGGGUGCGCGAGAUGUACGUUUGGGAGGAGAUCGUCUUGCCCAGUGCCACGGGUCGCUACUUCCUGACCAUCUGCACAAGGAACCACCUGAGUCUGGCCGUCAUCCUGAAGAUCUUUGAUGCACCGGACAUGGCUCCGGACGCCGUGGUCGGUCCCUCGCUUUUCUACAUCGAAGAGAUACAGGAGACACUGGAUCACCUGGUGCAGUGCGGCAUCGAAUCGUUGGCUAUGUUCUGGUCCGUUUCCAACAAGAGACCCGAGGUGUUGGAGGCCACUGCCGGAGAAAGCAGAGAUCCCGAAAAGGAGCCUAACAGCCGGCUGGAGUCCUUCCUCAAACAGAAGCUAACCGUUCUGAGUAAUUCGGUGGAGGAGGAGGCUCAGUUGUGCUCCUCGUUGGGCGGCUCCUCCAUACACAGCCUGACGCCCAGUGACUCUCAGCUCCAUGGUGCUGGCGAGGAUUCGGACAGCGGUUCUGACUGGGAGAACUUUGCCGUACAGCAUCCCCUGCAUUACGGAUUGAACCUCGGAGCUGAGAGCCACAGUCAGAGUCAGAUGACGGAGUCCAUGUGGAAGGAGAUCAACAACGUGGUGCCGGUGAAGAUAUCCGCUGGCUGGAAGAACUCCGUGCUCCAUUACGUAUACAUCGACAUAGCCAAUGGGUCGUUGUUUGCUCCAUUCACGGACAGUUCUGAGAGUUCCUCCUUCCUGUCGGAGAUCCGUCAGGCAUGUCACAUAAUCCACGCCGUGCUGGAGAAGUCGAAGCACUAUCGCAGACAGCUCUCGGAAUCCUCAAGAGCACCGACGAGUUCCAACGGGCACAGUGGUCACAGCCAUGCAGUGUCCCUGGUCAAGGAGCACGGCAUGACCCUGGAGGUCUGCUCACCGUCUAAAACGGAGGGUCAAGUCCAAUCCCAAUCCCAGAUGCAAUCCUCGAAGAGCAGUCGCUUCGUGGUGGUUGGUCGUCUGUUUCAGUCGCCAGCCAAGGAGGUCUACGUGUGCCACCGCUCCGAUGUUCCCCAAAACAUAGUAGAAAUGGCCUUCCGAUUGUCCUUCUUUUCGAUGGGAUAGGGGUUUUAUAAAAAUAAAAUCAAAAUAUUACGAAAGAAUUAUUGAUAUUAAAAUACAUUUUUAUAUGUUUGUA